UUCAACUUUUCAUGGCUUUCUUUUUGUAUCAAAGCCGGAUUGUUGUUGAUGCUGCAUUGCGUCUGCUUUUUCACGAUUUUUCACUGAAAAUUGUCGUUACUCUUUCUCCAACUGUGUGUAUUUAUAAACUAAAAAAAUCGGACAAAAAUGAAGCUCGUCGACAACGUCGUGAAGAGUUUCAAAGUGGCAAAAAUUUUCCGGCAAAAUACAAAUAAAAUAAACUGCGUCGACUUCAGUCCUGAUGGCUUGAGCAUCGUUUCGUCGAGCGAAGACGAUCAGAUCGUCAUCUACGACUGCGAAAAGGGCACGCAAGUGCGGACCAUCAACAGCAAAAAAUACGGCGUCGAGUUGAUCCUCUUCACACACGCCAAGAACACGGCCAUCCACAGUUCAACCAAAAUCGAUGACACAAUCCGCUACCUUUCACUCCAUGAUAACAAAUACAUUAGAUAUUUUCCCGGACACACAAAGAAAGUGGUCACACUUUCCAUGGCCCCGACAGAAGAUCAAUUCCUCUCAGGUUCGUUAGACAAGACUCUGCGGCUGUGGGACAUUCGGUCUCCCAACUGCCAUGGCCUGAUGCACCUUUCGGGUAGACCAGUGGCUGCCUUUGACCCUGAAGGCCUUAUAUUUGCUGCGGGUAUAAACAGUGACGUCAUCAAGCUCUACGACCUGAGGUCCUUCGACAGGGGUCCCUUCACCACGUUCAAACUGCCCGCGGAGAAAGAGUGCGACUGGACGGGGCUUAAGUUCAGCAGAGACGGAAAGACAAUUCUCGUGUCCACAAACGGCUCCCUAAUCAGACUAGUGGACGCCUUCACUGGCCAGGCCCUGCAGACCUUCACCGGACACUUCAACAACAAGGGCAUUCCAAUCGAGGCGUCCUUCAGCCCCGACUCGCAGUAUGUCUUCAGCGGCUCAACCGACGGCAAAAUCCACGUGUGGAAUGCGGACACUGGCUAUAAACUUUGCGUGUUAAACGGCGACCACACGGCGCCCGUCCAGUGUGUACAGUUCAAUCCCAAGUACAUGAUGCUCGCGUCUGCGUGUACGAACAUGUCCUUCUGGCUUCCGACGAUUGACGAAUAACUUCGUAAUUAAUUUCCUUUAACCAAUUUUUAUUUUAUUUAAACACAAAAAACAAAAAAUAAUGUGUACGUGGGAGGCUUGAUCAGAAUGCAGAUCAAAUGUAUGUAAUUGUGAACUAUUCUGUACAAAUUUACAAAUACGUGCAAAUAUGAAUGAAAUAAAACGAUUGGGAAAUCAUGA